GGCGUUAUACGGGAUUGGAAGAACUGAAGUAAGCUUUUCCCACUUUCAAGCUCACUCAUCGUAUACAGACAGAAGGGAGAGAGGGAGAGGGAGAGGGAUUUACAGAUCAUAGUAACAAAGAUGGAGUUGUCGCCGAGGUCCCGGCGAGCGCGGAAGCCCCCCAAGAAUUCGGAUUUGUAUUCCACAUUCGUGGUUCACGACAAGGAUGGUGGGCCGUCCAGAGAAUCCCGACCCGACCCGGAAUCCUCGGACAUAUACGCCACAAUGGUGUACAAGGACGGCGUCGAUGAAGACGAGGAGGAAUCCCUCCCUCCUUUAUUGAAGCGCCUCCCCAAGGACUUCGGCGGCGGAGGAGACGACGGCGCGGACUUUGACGACGAUGGCACCGGCACUGCGUCUAUCUCCGGAACAAUGAUUGUAAAAACCGAUCGGAGGAGAUCAAAUUACUCGGAGAAGAAUGCCGGUGUGUCUUCUUCGUAUACCAAGCCGCGGAGUACGGCUGGGAGUCAGUUUUGGGAGAGGAGAAGCCCUAGGAGCAAAAUUGGGAAUGAGGAGGAGGAGGAGUAUGCGGGAGACUUUUCGACGUUUGUUGUGAGGGAGAAAGAAUAUGAUGACGACGAGGAGGAUGAGGAUGAGGAGGAGGAGGGGAUGGGGACGAUGGUGAGGAGAGGUGGUGGUGGUGGAGGAGGGGGGACGAUGAGGAGGGCGGUGGAGAGUAUGCAGAAGGUGGGUGAAGUUGGGCAAGGGAGGAAGAAGAAAAGCAGUGGUGCUGGUGGUGGGAGUGGCGGUGGCGACGGGAGCGGUGGAAUCACGCAAUUGAGGCAGCAGGGUAGUGGGAAAGUGUCUUCCAGCUCUAUACCUGAGUGUAUGACCAGAGAGGAUCCUUCUACCAAGUAUGAGUUGCUCCAUGAGCUCGGGAAGGGUUCAUAUGGGGCAGUCUACAAAGCUCGAGAUAUGAGGACUUCAGAAUUAGUUGCGGUCAAAGUAAUAUCAUUAUCUGAAGGGGAGGAAGGUUAUGAAGAAAUUCGUGGUGAAAUUGAGAUGUUGCAGCAGUGCAGUCAUCCUAAUGUUGUUCGCUAUCUUGGUAGUUACCAAGGAGAAGAAUUUUUAUGGAUAGUGAUGGAGUACUGUGGAGGUGGAAGUGUUGCGGACUUGAUGAAUGUUACUGACGAGCCUCUUGAGGAGUAUCAAAUAGCAUAUAUUUGUAGAGAAGCGUUGAAGGGUCUUUCCUACUUGCAUUCAAUUUUCAAGGUACAUAGAGAUAUUAAAGGUGGUAAUAUCUUGCUGACUGAGCAAGGAGAGGUCAAGUUGGGUGAUUUUGGGGUGGCUGCACAGUUGACAAGAACAAUGUCCAAGCGUAACACGUUUAUCGGUACACCACAUUGGAUGGCUCCUGAAGUUAUUCAAGAAAGCCGUUAUGAUGGAAAGGUAGAUGUGUGGGCUCUUGGGGUGUCUGCAAUUGAAAUGGCUGAGGGAGUUCCUCCAAGAGCAACUGUUCAUCCAAUGAGAGUACUGUUUAUGAUUUCCAUUGAACCUGCUCCAAUGCUUGAGGAUAAAGAGAAAUGGUCUCUUGUGUUCCAUGACUUUGUUGCUAAAUGCCUGACAAAGGACCCACGGCUUCGGCCUACAGCAGCCGAAAUGCUAAAGCACAAAUUCAUUGAAAAAUGUAGAAGUGGAGCGUCAACAAUGCUUCCCAAGAUCGAGAAGGCAAAGCAAAUGAGGGCAUCAAUGGCUUCUCAUACACAGGACAUUGCACCGGAUGCGACACUGCCAAGAGAAGGGCCGCUGGGAGGUCCAAUAUCAAAUGAAGCCAUCGUCAGUACUGUUCCAUCUAGACCACAGGAUGGUGUACUUCCUGUUCUCACACAGGAGAAUCAGGUUCCACCUGAUGGAGUACAAACUGCCAUAGAAGGUGAUUUUGGAACUGUAAUAGUUCAUGAUAAAGUUGAGAUUGGUAGAACAGCUACUCCAACAUCUACAAGAGCUGAAGAAUCCUUUUCUGCUACUAGACGUCUUGGAAGUAUUUCUGUCAGUAGGAUUGGUGAUAAGGCUUUAGACUCUUGGCUGGAUAGUCCUGCCAGUGCAAGAACCGUGGCUGCAGGAUUGCCUUCACCCCAUCCAAACCUCCAUGGAAUUAGUACUCCCCAAGGUCCUAGCUUGACCGAUGCUUCAGUUACUAGUGAGACUGUCAGUAAGAAAGCACUAGACAAGCUCUGGUCCAUAUACAGCGCUGGUAAUACAGUGCCAAUUCCAUUCUUAAGGGCAACUGACAUAUCCCCCAUUGCACUUUUGUCCGAUAAUGUGCUUGGUGGAUGGCAGCAGGAUAAUGGUGGAAACAUAGCUGUAGAAGCAAUGCAGGAGCUCUUUUCUGGUGAUGCUCAGCCCAAAAAGGGUAGAAGCAGACAGAAUGAGGUACCCCUUCCGCCCAGCGUAUGUCAGAGGCUUAGUUCAAGUCCAACUCUAAUGAAUCUUGCUCAGGCAUUAGCGUACCACAAAAUGUGUUAUGAAGAGAUGCCACUUCAGGAAAUGCAAGCAGCACAGGAGCAACAAACCAUUCAAAACCUUUCCGACACCCUUCGAACUAUUCUGCGGUUGUAAUGAUUUUAUGUAAAUUGUUUUUGACAGAAUUUUGAUUUUCCUCUUAACUAAAUUCUUCCCCUGUUUCUUUCUUGUGACUGAAGACCUAGUGUAUGUACCCACCUCUAUACAUAGGUUUAAGGGCUACAAAGUUUCUUGUGUUGUCUGAUAGAAUUUUAUUUACUUCGCACAUGAAUAAAUAUUCUAAUUCAAUUGUCAACAA